AUGUGCUCAAUGCAUGAGCAGAUCGCUAAAGAACUGAGCGCUUUCGACAACUUACACACCCUACCCAUUGCCAACUUCGUGUCGUGUCUGGCACCGAAUUUUCUAUUCAACUGCACUGAACUCUCUGCUAGUGAUGUUGAUACUGUUCAUCACCUUAUCGACUACUGUAUACCGUAUCGCAGUAGGUUGAUAGCCUGCCAACUUGCCUGCAAGGAAGAUCCGUCUUGUCCCGCCUGUCGAGAAGUGCCGUCAAACUGCUCGUCGAUUAUGAUGUUCGAUCUGUUCUAUAGACUUCUUCCUCGCGAUUUGGACGCUCAACCACUUCAUCUGAACACUUUUCUGCCAGUAUUCACACUGACCGGCUAUGCCACUCAGAACAUUUUUCUCACUGUCGAUCCUUAUAACAACCUUGAAGAGGCGAUUGUUCGCUUCAUGGAACACGAAAAUCUCAUCAUGAAAGGUACAAAUCGCUUGCUUUAUGUUCUCUCCUCUUAA